CCUAAAAUAAAAUAAAAAAUCUCCAAUUUCCCCCAAUUAACCCACCCCCGACCUUUCUCUCUUAUCGGUAGCCCGAAGAUUCACUCGAGAAAGCCAUCUGCUCAGUCAGAAGAACAACCAACCAUGGAUUUCGACGAGAUCGAGUAUCUGGAGAAGACCGUCGAAGAAGCGGAGGAUCGAGACGGGAGCGCCAAGAAGAGCAAGCGCGAAGGCGUCGAGAAGAGCGAGCGGAGUUACAGGAAGCGGGAUGCCGCCGACGAGGAUGCGACGGCGAGCCGGAAGAGAUCGAGAGGGGGCAAGGAUGAAGAGAACGGGAGGGAGAAGGAUCGCCACCGCCGCGACAGGGACAGAGAUAGAGAGAAGGACAGAGAUAAGGAGAAGGAUAGGAGAGACAGGGAUAAGGAGCGAGAGGAAGGAAGAGAGAAGAGGGAGAGGAGCAGAAGCGAGAGCAAGAGCAGGAGAGAAAGAAGUCGUAGCAGGAGCAAGUCGAGGAGGGAGAGGAGCAGGAGUCGUUACAGUGAUCGGGAGAAGGAAGUGCGGGAGAGAGAAAGGGAUGUCGAGCUGCGAGACAGCGGUAGCAGGUUUCACACUGUCACCAUAGGCUUACAAGUACUUUGGGAACAAUGAGGUUACCUGACUUGACUGCUUAAACUUUGGUCUCCUUGUUAAGAGAAUGUAGAGCCAAAUAGAUGUUCCACAUUCUGCAGAUGUGUUAGGCGGGAAUGGUUAUCGGCUGGCUAUGGCUAUUGUUUUGUGCCUAUGCAGGCUCAUCUACUUUCGCUGUAUUCUUAUUAUUCUUCGGAGUUGUUUCUUGUGACAGGAGGGUCAAAGAUAAGAAAGAAGCUGUGGAGCCUGAAGCUGACCCUGAGAGGGACCAGAGAACUGUAUUUGCCUAUCAGAUGCCUUUGAAGGCUACCGAGAGAGAUGUGUAUGAGUUCUUCUCCAAGGCGGGCAAGGUGAGGGAUGUUAGAUUGAUAAUGGACAGGAACUCAAGGAGAUCAAAAGGAGUUGGGUAUAUCGAGUUCUAUGACGUGAUGUCUGUUCCAAUGGCAAUAGCUCUUUCUGGCCAGCCACUCUUUGGACAACCUGUGAUGGUGAAGCCUUCUGAGGCGGAAAAGAAUCUUGUUCAGUCAAAUGCUACAGGUGCCACUACUGGCCCCUAUGGGCCUGUGGACAGAAAACUAUAUGUCGGGAAUUUGCACUUCAACAUGACGGAAAUGCAGCUAAGACAGCUUUUUGAGCCAUUUGGAACUGUGGAGCUUGUUCAGCUACCCCUUGACCUUGAAACGGGACAGUGCAAAGGAUUUGGGUUUGUUCAAUUUGCUCAAGUGGAAAGUGCAAAGGAAGCGCAAACACAUUUGAAUGGGAAACUGGAGAUUGCUGGACGGACCUUAAAGGUUUCCUCUGUCACGGAACAUGGAGGGCCGCAAGAGCCUGGGGCUAAAUCUGCUGACUUUGAUGACGAUGAUGGUGGUGGUUUGUCUUUAAAUGCUCAAUCAAGAGCUAUGCUCAUGCAGAAGCUGGAUCGCUCUGGCAUUGCCACGAGUAUUUCUGGUUCCCUUGGAGUGCCUAUGCUUAAUGGCUCUGCUCAAAAUCCACAAACCAUGGCCUUGCAACUGAACGGUCAAGCUGCACUUCGUGGAGCUCUUCCAGUUCAUGUCUUGCCUUCUCCAGCCUUUGAAUCUAUUGGAAAACCCAGUGUGUGCUUAUUGUUGCAAAACAUGUUUGAUCCUUCCACCGAGACUGAACCAGAUUUUGAUGUGGACAUAAAGGACGAUGUCGAAGAAGAAUGCUCAAAAUACGGACACGUGAAACAUAUAUAUGUUGAGAAGAAUAGCGCAGGGUUUGUGUAUUUACGGUUUGAUACCGUGGAAGCAGCCGCCAGAGCUCAGGCUGCAAUGCAUAUGAGGUGGUUUGCUCGACGAUCAAUCUCAGCAACUUUCAUGGUAAUCAAUAGUUGUUUAUCCUGGUUUCCUUCGUACGUAUUCAGGGUUAAGGUGCCUCAAAGUCUCAUUUGUUCAAUUCGAAUUUGCAGCCGCCCCAUGAAUAUGAAGCCAAGUUCCCCAAUAGCCACUAGGACUAGAAAGUGCUCUCCUUGGCAGCAGAAGCAUUUGCAAACCGAGGGGAAUCGCUUGCUUCUCUGCCUCGGAUGUACUAUGGAGACGAUGCUGAGUUUGUACCUUAAUACAAUACUAGAGAUGUAGUAAUUUUUGUACUGUAGAAAGUAAAUCAAGUUAUUUAUAUCUCAAUUUAUUGCCAUGGUAUGAUGGUACCGGCGAAGAUUGGUGUACAAGUCAUGUUUUGCUUACCUUGCCUGUGUUGAAAGUUAAAGUUUAGGGCUCUCUUUAGAUGGGAUUUAAAAGGUUUUUUGGCGGGAGAGCUAUGGGGUUGUAUAAGGCAACGCGAUAUGAUAUUAAGAUUCUAAAAUCCAAGCCAUUCUUACGAUCUCUGUCUGAAGUUGGAGAAGGAGCUGA